CACACGCUCUCCUCCAAUCACUUAACGCGAACAGUUGCCGGUGCCGGGUCUUUUAGGAAGUCUUUUCCUCUCUUUACCGCAACGUGUAUCUUCUACAAGCAAAGUUUGUGUGCAGCAAUGGGUCGCCGCAAGUCCAAAAGAAAGCCUCCUCCUAAAAAGAAGAUGACAGGAGAUCUGGACUCUCAGUUCACCUGUCCAUUCUGCAACCACGAAAAGUCAUGUGAUGUCAAAAUGGAGAGAAGCAGAAAUACUGGUAUAAUAUCAUGCACAGUCUGCUUGGAGGAGUUCCAGACCCCCAUUACCUAUCUGUCAGAGCCAGUUGACGUGUACAGUGACUGGAUAGAUGCCUGUGAAGCAGCUAAUCAGUAGCCCUCGUGGAGCUGGAUGUCUUUCAGGAACGGGAUGAGGAUGGGGCUGAUGGUCCUGGGCCCAUUAGGAUCAAGCUGGUCAGAGGACAUUUAUGAAACUUUAAUUGUUCACAGGUUUCCAUGUGGUCACUUAAGAUUUACAGUUGUGUGAACAGCAGUUUCACUUAUUUGGUCUUCAGUAGAAAGCGGCCCUGAAGCCUUCCCUUUGUCUUCUGACAUCUCCCCCUUCUGUGUAAGAUUUCAGCCCACAACUCUAGUUUUGACUCUUGAGAUGUAUUAAAAAAAAUUGAGAGCUUUCUAUUUUCAACAUUUGUUUUUGUAUGGGUCUCAAAAAUCCUUUAGCUUUUACAUAGAAGUUGUGAAUGGAAAACGCGUCCCUCUUUUUAUUAGAUUUUUUAACCGAUAGAUAUUGUCAGGUGCAGAAAUAUAAUUUUUACAAGAGGCCUGUAGUGUAAGUGAAUGGGCUCCCAUAUUGGCAUUUUAAUGUGAAAUCAAUAAAGUAAAAUCUUUUUGGUUCGCAUUAUGAGAAAGCGACAUGGGAAUAUGUGGAUCUUGACAGAAUCGGUGAGUUGGUGCAUUCAAAAGUUGAAAAUAUUACGUUUUCCACACGUUCAUUCUCUAUCGUACACUCUGACACACGCAGCAGGGCCUAAUUGGAGAGGAAACUUUUCAGGUUUCACUGCCAGGCUUUGCAAAGUGUAGGGUGGAGUGAACUUUUUCUUUGGUUAAAUCUUAACACAGUUCAGCAUGAUGUUACGGGUUGUGUGUCCACAGCUCUCCUCAUCCUCAUAAAGACGGUUGUGUCACAACAUUAGGUCAUUCCACUGGAGAGAGGAAUGGACGUGUGAGAUUUAGGCUGAGCUGCUAAGUUCAAAGGUUUUGAAUUCUUAAAUCAUUUAGUUUUUCACUCGAUUGUAUGUUUUUAGCUUACAUGUUUGAGAAAUACAAAAAUUCAUUAAGUACAAAUUGUUAUGAAGCGGACUUUUAGAAAAUAGUGUUUUCUUAAACUGUAAUCAAGUGUUAAUAUUGAGUGCUUAUUUUCCUAUGCAACAGCCUUCGGUGUUAAAUAGCAUAAAAGCACGCUGUUUUAAAAAAAAUGUUAUCAAUUUGAUAAGUGUGAUCUUGGAAAUAAAGCAAUAACACUUAAUACCA